GGGAACGACGUCUUGAAUUUUCACUCGCCAUUAAAAAGGACAAUAAAUCGCGCCGCGGUGCGGUUGGUGCAUUUUGCUUCUCUUUGCGCGCUGCUGGUUAGCGAAUUGUAUCUCGUGGUCCGUCCACAAGAGCCCCAGCGCUGAAACACGACGAUAGUGUGUGAGAAGAAAAAAAAAGUGCGUUCGUGAAGGAAGAGUACGCCACCGCCGCCGCUGCCGAGUGUGUGUCCACGCCACCUGCUGGUAUAGUGUGGUGUGUGUGUACGUGUGUGUACGUGAGUGUUGGUGCGAAAGGUGAAGAGUUAAACGCACGCCGUGGCGAACCACUCUAACCGUGCGACAUAAUUGAUUGGGCGCGUGCCUGAGAGUAUCUUCUGUGUGUGCUGUGUGUGCUGUGUGUGUGCUGUGCGCCUGUGUGGAGAGGACCACCCCCCCCCUGGGAGGCACACUUCCCACACUUUGGGCGCCACCGCACCCGCCCCGCCGAGUUAGCGGGGAGGCCAAUAGUCGUUUUCACGAUUGGCGCUUUGUUGUUGGUUUUUUUUUGCUUCUUCUUCUCUCGGUUGGUUCGGAGCUGCUCGAGCGGCCAGUGAGUGAGCAGCGAGUUUGCGAAAAGACAUCCCUCCGCAAGCCAAACGGGCCGCGACGUCAGCAUUCUCGUGAUAAUAGAAUGAAUCCGGUGGCAUCAUCCGCCGCGGCCUUCCAGCUUCCACCUUCGUACUGAGCUGUGCGGUGUGGAUGGAUAGAUAAAGGUUUGUGGUUAAUCAUCACCCGCCUUCCCCACCCUUCCGCGGCACUGACGAAAAGUUAUUGUUCCCGUCGACAAGUGUCCGUAGCGGCAGUUUGUGUUUGCGUGUUGUGGUGUGUGUUUAGGACGAGACGAGAAGCCUUUGUCGUACUGUGUUGAAGCAGUAGCACACACCACGCGAGCAAUAAUUGGAACCAGAGCGGCGCACUCCUCAACAUAUUUCACAUAAUCCGAAGAUAUCCGAAGCCGCCUCUCCUGUGGGUGUGUGUUGGAGUGUAGAGGUGAUCCGUCGUGGUCUCGUCGUUGCCCAUCCAAGUGAUCCAAGCGCCUUCAAGGAAGAGAGGAGCCCCCCCCCCUAACAGUCAUCCUCACGGAACGGAACGCGUAACGUAACGACGGUGGCGGCGGAGCCGUCCGCUGCUGGUUGCACCAGCGACCGCACCAGCCUCCACAACACCCUUCCUCGGCCAGACGGUGGUUCCGCUUCGUAGCCUUCGUAUCGCAGCAGCAGCAGCAGUAGCUUCAGAAGAGGAAGCAACAGGACGCGAGAACCGAGUGAAAAAGGAGGAGGAGGAGGAGGAGGAGGAGGAGGAGGAGGAGGAGGAGGUGGAGGAGAACGAGGAGGAUAGAGGCGGCGAAACGGCUCAGUUCCUUCCCUUGGCGAAGGGAGAAGAGGAGCAAGAAGAAGAUCAGUAGUGAAGGCGGUGAAAAUCGGUGAAAAACCCAACACACAAAACGUCGUCUCGUCAGUGUCUCAGCGCUUCGGAUUAUGGAUUCUGGCUACGUGUUGAUGAAUGGGGAUUCGGGCAAAUUGUCAGCCAACACCGCAACAGCAGCAGUAGCAGCAGGCAGCACAAUCAUUACCAGCGGCAUGUCCGGUUUGACGAUCAUUGCACAGCCCCCACCACCAGGUGUCGCUGCGACCGUUGGUGGUGGUAGCGGUGGCGGCAGCGUACUACACAACUCGCUGGUAUCGGCAGCAGCAGCAGCUACAGCAUCCAACAACACGGCACCAGCGGCCGCACCAAUGGAUUACAGCGCGCUCAACGGGAACGCCUCCGAGGCGUCGCCCUCCGGUGGUGCGACUGUUCCGGUGGCGGCCGAGUACUACGGAGAUGGUGGAAUCGCUGCUGCCCCGACCAACAUUACACCCGUUACCAAUCCUAGCAAUAGUAAGGGCAGCAGCAGCAGUAGCAACAACAAUAGUCCUUCGCUGCUGCUCGUCAGCAACCAUCAUCCAACCACGCCAACUGGCGGAGGAGGAGCAGGAGGAACUGAUGCCGGCGGUGGUGGUGGUGGUGCUACUACUAUAGUGUCGGUUACAUCGAUCGAUGCCGUCGGCGGUGGCGGCGGCCUGACCGUCGUCACCAGUGAUAGCAACAGCAACAGCAAUGGUGCUACUACUAAUACUGGUACCAACAGUAGCAGCAGUACCACCGAACACAACGGAAUGCCUUUAGAGCAGCUGAAGCAGCUGCUACAAACACAGCUUGAUUAUUAUUUUUCGCGAGAAAAUCUCGCGAACGAUACAUAUCUACUGACGCAAAUGGACAACGAUCAGUACGUGCCAAUUUGGAUCGUGGCGAACUUUAACCAGGUGAAGAAGCUUACGAAAGACAUCAAGCUAAUCACCGAGGUACUGCGCGAGUCGCCGAACGUGCAGGUGGACGAGGAAGGCCAAAAAGUGCGCCCCAACCAUAAGCGGUGCAUCGUGAUAUUGCGCGAAAUCCCCGACAACACGCCGGUCGAGGA